GGCCGCGCUCGGACCUUUGGAUCCUCGAGUCGGUCACCGGUGCCGGGGCGCCCUGGAGCCCAUGGCGGGGCCGCUCUGACUGAGGCCCCCGGCGGAGGCCGACCCCUGCGGGCAGGCAUGGCGGGCCAGUUCCGCAGCUACGUGUGGGACCCGGUGCUGAUCGUGUCGCAGAUCGUCCUCAUGCAGAACGUCUACUACGGCUCCCUAGGGAUAUGGAAGUACUUUAUAAAGUGGUUGUGCAGGUCUCUACCAAGUCACUUCUCUAGCAUGUUUCCAUUUGUGAUUCCCCCUCAGAUCCUGGGCUUUUCCACCCCUUCAGGCCGGCUCUCCAUGAUGUCCUUCGUCCUCAACGCCCUCACCUGUGCCCUGGGCUUGCUGUACUUCAUCCGGCGAGGGAAGCAGUGUCUGGAUUUCACUGUCACUGUCCAUUUCUUUCACCUCCUGGGCUGCUGGUUCUACAGCUCCCGUUUCCCCUCGGCGCUGACCUGGUGGCUGGUCCAAGCCGUGUGCAUUGCGCUCAUGGCUGUCAUCGGGGAGUACCUGUGCAUGCGGACGGAGCUCAAGGAGAUUCCCCUCAACUCAGCCCCUAAAUCCAAUGUCUAGAAAUGGGUCUUUUGGACACCCUGCUGGGCAGUUGGCCCCCCAACACAUUGGGCUUCUCAGACCCUCCAGAUGAGGUCCAGCCCAGAUCUGAGAGGAACCCUGGAAAUGUGAAGUCUGUUGGUGUGGGAGAGAUAGUGAGGCCCUGUCAAGAAGGCAGGUAGCAGCCAGGAUCACAGCUGCAAGAUUGGCCUCCCAUCUGCUGAAGCCUUGGUAUCUGGGAGGUCAGCAAGGGGACCUCUUUCAGGGUAACAGAAUUGGAACCAUGUCACUCUUGAGCCAUCAUACCUGUCACCAGCCUGUUAUUUAAAAAAAAAAAAUCAAGGAUAUCUGAUUGGAGCAUACCACUCUUCUAGUCAUCUGUCUUGUCUCCUUGGGACAGUGUUAUCUUUGUCAUGUUGUUGCAGCUAUUCUGUUUGGAAAAACGCUUGAUGUCUGGAUUCAUAACCCCAGAAAACGAUGUAGGUUCAAAAUAUUAGGCUGCUGUCAGGGAGAGGACAGCAGAUGGAGGCAACCAAGCACAAGGAAAAUGCACAACCUGUGUUGUGCUGUGCAUGUGUGUGUGCACCCAUGAACCCAUGACUAACUUGCAGUUUUCUCUACUGGGUAGCCCCUCCCAGCUUUCAACAUAGCAGGCCUUAGGACCCAAAGAAGAGUCCCAGCAUCACUCUCAACCUAACCCUCGUAAUAGAAUCUCUGGGAAUGAUCAGGCACGACAGCUCCCACUGAAUGUCAGUUCUGGCAAUAGGUCCUUCUUCCUGACUUAUUUGGAACUCUUCAGUGACAGGGGUAUGAUGGGUGCCCCGAGUUAGGAAGCCCAACCUUCCAGCUCAACCAGUACUUACAGGGCUGAGGGAGAUAGGAAUUUGCUGUUAAGAUUUUUCUUGGGAGUAGAGUGUCCUCUGUGAGGGGCUGCAGCUGUCCUUCCUAUGUACAUAACACAGUUUUUUCCACGGU